AUGGGACGGAACAGAAGCCUCUACCAGCACUUUCGGAUCUUCAUCCCCAAGAAGCACCGGCAGCGCUUCGACGAGGUGGUCUCGCAGAGCCUGAUCAACCGGGUGUGCCGGCCGAAGGGGCUGAGCGAGCCGGGCCAGCAGAACCGACUGCGCCGCAGCCGGAGCGAGGACCACCCUGAGCGGCUGCUGGUCUCCACGCGGGCCAGCUCUGUCCCCCGCGGCGGGGGGGACGAAAACGACCCCCCCGCCCGAAACCUGAGGAAGACCACCUCCCUGAGCGCCGGGCACUCAGCCACCGCAAACAACCGCAGGACAUUGCGGGUGUACAGAGGAAACAAGAGUUUUGGAUUUACUCUGCGAGGUCAUGCUCCUGUGUGGAUCGACUCCGUCAUUUCAGGUAGUCCAGCGGAGAAGUCUGGCCUUAAACCUGGAGACCGCAUCCUAUUUCUCAAUGGACUGGACAUGAGGAGCUGCUCCCAUGAAAAGGUGGUGUCCAUGCUGCAGGGCAGUGGUGCCAUGCCAACCCUAGUGGUAGAGGAGGGGCCUGUCACCUACUCAUUGACCGAGCCUGACCUCCUGGACACCCCCCCACGCACUCGCUCCCCAGUGCUCAGCUCCCUGCAGUGGGUGGCUGAGAUCCUGCCCGCCAGCAUCCGAGUUCAUGGCCGCACCUUCAGCCAGCAACUCGACCAUCUCCUCACCCUCCAGGAGCGCUACACCAUCUGCAAGGCUCUCGAGACCUUCUUCCAGCACAGGAACGUGGACACCCUGAUCGUUGAUGUGUUCCCUGUGCUGGACACCCCGGCCAAGCAGGUCAUCUGGCAGUUUGUCUAUCAGCUGCUGACCUACGAGGAACAGGAGCACUGCCAGCAGAAGCUCUCUCGCUUCCUCGGAUACAAGAUUGAUGAGGGGGCGGACCCGGAGCUUGAACCAGAGACACAUCGGCGUAGCAGCUCGAUGAGAGUGACUGGGACUACCUACAGGGGCAGCAUGCGCGGGAGGAGCUCCGAUGACUGCAUCAUAGGCACUCACUUGGGAAUGGGGUCUCAUAUUGACUCUGAGGAGGUGGGGACCAUGCCGACAUCAGGCGAGAGACAAUCCGGAGAUGGGACGUCCCUCCCAGAAACCCCAAAUGUAAAUAUUUCAGCAGUGUAUGGCGAGCUGGAGGGUGUGAAUUCAGAAAAGAGUAUGAAGUCCCUGCAGAGUGGCUCAUCGCCUGUUCCAGACAGCCUGGCUGAUGCAGAGGCCCAUUCUCACACCCCCUCUCCUUCCAUGCACACUAAAGAAGGUAACCAACCAGGCUUCUCUUUGUCUUGGAAAGAUGCCUUGCCAAAUCCCCAGUCUCGACUGUACCCACAGCCUAUUCCCUCCCCAGGCAGCGUGGAUUCGAACCCUUACGUUAGCCUGGACAGUCCCCUGCCCUCGCCCAUACCUAUAGAGUACCCUCCCAGUCCACUGUCCCGCCGUAAGAAGCUCUUCACUUUCUCACGGCCCCCGCGCAGCCGAGACACUGACAAGUUCCUGGACGCUCUCAGCGAGCAGCUGGGACACCGUGUCACCAUCGUGGACGACUUCUUGUCACCGGAAAAUGACUAUGAAGAGAUGAGCUUCCUGGAUGAGCAGGAGACGAGCUUCCUGCCCCAUGAGAUAAGCAGUGCUAGCAGCGAGUAUCACAGCAGCAGUGAAGACGCCAGCUCCCUGUCCUACUCCUCCAGCUCCGACCACAUCCCGCCUCCCCCACAGAGCCCCCCACCGCCCCCGCCCAUCCAGUUCAACGACCCGCCGCUCUACAUGGACUUCACUCCUGAGCAUUCUCCCAGAAUGCACCUCCCUCGCCCGACUCAUCUGCCAGCUCCACCUCCCCCUCCUCCACCACCACCCCCACCUCCCUGCAUACCGCCUCCUCUCCCCCGGGCCUCCCACCAUUCUGACUCCAACCACAUGAGUGUGAAACGACUGCGAUGGGAGCAGGUGGAGAACUCAGAGGGAACUAUAUGGGGACAGCUUGGAGAGGAUUCUGAUUAUGACAAGCUGAGUGACAUGGUGAAGUACCUUGACUUAGAGCUGCACUUUGGGACACAGAGGAGUUGCAAGCCCACCUUUCUGCCCGAGACCUUUAAAAAGAAAGACGUGAUCGAGAUUCUCUCACACAAGAAGGCCUACAAUGCCUCCAUCCUGAUCGCACACCUGAAGCUGUCUCCUGAAGAGCUGAGGCAGGUGCUCAUGACCAUGACCACAGAACGCCUGGAGCCCUCCCACAUAAAGCAGCUGCUCCUGUACGCUCCUGAUGAGGAGGAAGUCAAGCAGUACAAGGAGUUCAGCCAGGAUCCAGCCAAGCUUAGUGCGCCUGACCAGUUUGUUCUACAGAUGCUAUCAGUGCCUGAGUAUAAGACACGUCUCCGGAGCCUACACUUCAAGACCACGUUUCAAGAGAAGACAGAAGACAUGCGAGCAGGUUAUGAGUGCAUCUACAAAGCUUCCCUGGAGCUCAAGAACAGUAAAAAACUGGCAAAGAUUCUAGAGUUUGUUCUGGCAAUGGGGAAUUACCUGAACAAUGGCCAGCCCAAGACAAAUAGAACCACAGGAUUUAAAAUCAACUUCCUCACUGAGCUCAGUACUACAAAAACUGUGGAUGGGAAAUCUACAUUCCUGCACAUUCUUGCCAAAUCAUUAGGCCAACAUUUUCCAGAACUUUUGCAUUUUGCCAGGGACCUUAAGACAGUACCACUUGCUGCCAAAGUAAAUCAAAGAACCAUCACAAUUGACCUUAAUGACCUUCACGCAACCAUUCAGGACAUAAGAAUGGCCUCCCAGACCAUGCCUGCCACUGCUGGAGAUCGCUUUGCUACAGUAAUGAGUAGCUUCCUGGAAAACACUCAUCCAGCAGUGCAGUCACUGGACUCCCUGCAGCAGCGAGCCAUGGAUGAGUUUACAAAGGUGGCCUCCUUCUUCGGUGAAGACAGCAAGGCCACCUCCACAGAAGCCUUCUUUGGCAUCUUUGCUGAGUUUAUCACUAAAUUUCAGAGAGCACUUAAUGAGACUCAGGCCACAGAGAACACCAGGAGCCCCCGAAUGGCCUCUCCCUUGGCCUGGUGAGGACAGACAUCUCAACUCUCCUAAUCCUCCAUUGUGCCAAGAUGACCCCAAGGGGAUAUACUUAUGCCUGCCUGGGAACUAGCCCACUUUGAAGCAUAGGGAUGGACUUCAACAGAGAAAACUAAAAAUAAAUAGAAUAACAGAAAAUAUAUCUAUUUAAAAUACAUACUGAUUGAGAAAUAUCAUAUUUUAUAUUUUGUCAAAUAUGCAAGGUAAGAAAAAAAACUAGUUUGUACAGUAUGUUUUUAGCACUUCUGAUGUUUGCACAUCUUAGAGCCCUUAAGUGUCUGACAAAGCCACCACUCAGAUGUUAAAGAAAGAAAAGUUAUAUAUCACAUAUACCAGCUGGUCAUCACAUUAAUACAUAUAAAAAAGCAAUGUAUUUCAGUGACCCAGUUAGAAUGAACAGGCAUGCAGUCAGAUGAUAUUCAUAAGUAAACCUUAUGGCAGACGGUACUGUUACUCACAAUGAAACUAUAUAAGUCAUUGCAUUUGAGGUUAAGAUGAUAAAGUAAUUAAUAGAACUGGAGCGCUUCACAGAAAAAACAAGAAAAUCUUGGGCACAGAAAAAAUUUGGAUUUGAUGUUAGUGUUUUCAAUCCCUUUAUGAAAAAGAUUUCUGAAAAAGAUUAUUACAGCAGGCAUCUGAUAUUGCGGGGGAAAAGGGGUUUGAUUUACUGUAGUGGAUUUAAGACCACCCCAGUAUUUCUGCAGGAUGUAGAAAUGUAGAAAUUAUGUUUACAUUUCUUGAUUGGUUGUGCUUCAAGCCCUUGCCUUUUUGGAGUAUGGCUGACAUGAGGAGAGUGACUGACAUUGGAGAGUUAUGGACACUGUACUACUAAUCCCAUGAUGUUCAAGCACCCUAUCCUAACACGACAUGUGGUUUACAGUACAGUCACAUUCUGAAAAGGGUCUAACAGAAUAUCAAUAUAUCAAAUGGAAUGAUAUGAUAUCAUGAUAUAAUAAUGUUAAUAUUUUACCAAGAAUAUAGAAAUUACGAAAGUACAAAGAAAUUAUAUUGUGACCAAUAUUUUUUAUGUGCAGAAUGAUUGUUGAAAUGGUACAAAAGGACUCAGCAAAUAAUUUUAUUCUAAAGGUUUUAUACACAGAUCGAUCUGAGGUUCACAUAAAGUAUAUGAAGGCAAAGGCAUUAACUGUAGCAUUUGGAGGCUUAUUAUCCUGAUGUCUCUUGCUCCUUGGUGGUUCUUACUACUCCAUUAAUCCAAUGAACCAGGGGUGUCCAAUCGUAUCCGAAAAGGGCCACUGCAGGUAGAGGUUUUUGUUUUAGCCCAGCACUAUGACAUCACUAUGUGAUCAAGUGCAUGUGAUCAAGUGCAUCCCAAACUCAAGUACAAAAACUGGUAUGUACGCAUCAAAUUCACCGGAAGUUCUCUUGUUGUACUUGGGAGGACCAAAAAUUCAAUGCAGCUUCGAAGCAUAAUCUCCGUUCCCAGUAGUCAUUGCACUUUCAGAGCUGACCGCAAAGAAAACAUUUGAAUUUUAAAUAUGCAAUCAAGUAUAAAGGAAUGUAAGCUAUCGAGCUAAAAAUACAAUGCCGCAGGUAAUCUCACUUGAUGACUAAUAUUAGCCCUAAAUAUCACAUUCUCUCAUCUUAACCUUAUAUAUCCAUAUACAUACUGCUAAGCAUUUCCCCCUUUUAAUUUAUUAAUAAAAAUAUACCAAUAUACGUUCACCACAAAUUUGUAUAACAAAUAUGUUUAUGUGCUAUAACGUAGCUAGGUAGCCAACUGUCACUUCAGAUGUCAGUUGCUGCUGUUGAACGGAUGCAUGCCAUAUAACGAUCAAAAGAGUCAUGACGUUAUAGUACAAGUGCAUCUCAAACUAACAGAUCUUUUACUUUCUUGCAUUCUAAGUAGUUGACUUGGUGCACUUGUAAGUUCAGCUCAUAACAACACGAGUGCACAGGUACACGAGUGUGCAAUCUGAGACACAGCCUUAGAUUUGUAGUGCUGGGUUAAAAUUAAACCUUCACCCACACCAUCCCUUUACGGAUGAGCCAGGACACACUUGCAAUAAACUUUUAAAAUGCAUUAUCAUUUUCAAAUAGACCCCUGAAUGUGUAUUUGCAGUUUUUAUUUCAUUUAAUUCUCUGCUAUGUGUCCGUAUGUUUGUACAUACGUAUGUGUAUAUUCAAUAUGCUACCCCAAAAAUUUUCAUUUUUCAGUUAAAUAAAACAUAAUUUGUCAUAACACCAUAGAAGGUAUAUUACAUUAUUGUUAAGAGGUUUGUGUAGUUACACUAGAGGAAAUACGUGGAUAUUGCCCACCAAUACCUCUGGCCAAAGGUGUCAAAAGCACAAUUCACAGGGCUCCAUACAGCUUUCUCUGGUCAAAUUGCUAAAUGUUUCAGUAUUACAAAUGUGGCCACAGAUAGUAUAUUGUACAGAUAUUUAUUUUUUGUGUUGUUGCAAUAACUUGAAUGGAAAGAAUCAUUGUAGUGCAAUGAUAAUUGCUGAAUGUUAAAAAAUGUCUACAUUUUUUUUCUUAUUCUGGACAUGUAGUGUAAUAUCUGAGCAUGUUUAUCUACAAUACAAAUACAUGCAUUUUAAUUAUAUGCCAUUUGUCAUGUUUAAGAUUCGGUGUAGCUUAUUCCACAUCAGAAUCAUUUUCACAUCUACCGAAUUUCACCUCAGUUACCAAAAUGUGUUGCAUUUUAAAAUGGAAGCAUUACGGGGCAAGAGAAUCAGAAGUCACUUUUCUGUUGCCAUUUCUGCAGUAUUAUAUCUAUAUCUAAUAAUUAUUUGUGAAGACAUAGGUUGUGUAAAUGCACUUGUGAGAAUUAGGGUAAUUUUGCUGUCCAUAAAUUAUGCAUUAAUUGCUUAGCCUGUUUAUUAAUAUAUUUCUGAAAUAUUUGAUGAUUCAUCAAAAUAUACAUUAUUAAUUUUAUUUGUUUUGCUGUUUUAACUUUUAGUUUUCCUUUUUGGUAAAUCUAGUGUGUUGCUGUUGUGUACCAGUCAAUAUCGCCUUUAAUUAAUGUGGGCCAAGCUGCUCAUGGCACAGAAGACUGUGUUUUGUUGUGCAAACAGCGAUGACUGCUACCAUGAGUAAAUAAACCUUUAUGGAGUCAAA